GGGGUUCUUUUACAGUGAGCACCAACCUUUUUUGUUGUGGUUUCUGGAAUGUCAUAGAAACUGCAGAUGCGUGUAAAUCGUGGGUUGGUGUUCAAUUGUAACAUAAAAACAAGACCAAAUGGUCGCAUUUGUGCAGAUCUACAUGUUUUUCAGUGACGGAAUGCAAUAUGAAUUCUGAUAGGUUUGCCCUCUCAGUUGACGACUAUCUGGCUGAGACAAACGUUCUCCUUUACCUGAAUGAUGCGGUUACCCAACUUCUCGAACACAAGGAGGAAUACACUCAGUUUGGAAUUGUUCGAUACUUCGCAGAAUACUUUAACAGUGUGAAGAAUGGCAACCAUGUCAUGUUUAGAGAGUUUAACUAUAUAAAAGCCACCCAGCACAACCGUGCAUCUUUCCUCAGAAUAUUCUGGAGGUGUUACAGACAACUUGGAAAAAAUGGAGAUCUUUUGGCAGCAAUGGAGUACAGCUCACUCCUGCAACUCUUAUGCCCAGACUUUCCAUCAGAGAUGGUUCAAAAUGCAGCAAGGAUUGUGCUGUUUGAUGAUGCAGUGGACAGCGUAAUGUCCUUCUCAGACUUUCUGUAUUCAUUUCAAAUCCAGCUGUACUUUGAAGAGUUCCUAGAGAGUGUGCUGGUGAUUUAUCAGGACCUUCUCUCGGGGAAGAACCCCAACACUGUCAUCGUCCCCACCUCGUCCUCCGUGGAGCAGCUGAACAGUCUGGCGGAGGACGACUCUGAGGCGGCGCAUGAGGCUGUGGACUCUGCAGUCUUCGCUGAGUGCAUUGAGGCCCUCUGCGAGAGGUUCAAGCACAGCCAUCCCUCCCCCGCUGCAGUCAAAGAGAUACUGGAUAAUACCCAGCGGGUUUCCUACUACGGCUUCCUCUUGGCCUUGGCAAGAAGUGAAACGAUCAGCCAGGACAUUGGGGCCUUGCCAAAUAAGUCAGAGCUACUGGUGGAUCCAGAGAUGGACCAGGAAUUGGAAAGACUUAUAGCCCAGAUCUCCGUCAGCCCCACCUCCAACAGCAGCGGCAGUGCCACAGGACUCAAGGAGACGCCCAAGAAGGCCUCGCCCCGCAAGUCCCUCCACCACCGCAAGCGCAUCGAGAUGGAGAGCGAUGGCUCCACGGAGGAGACGGACUCCUCAGAGAACUAGGCCUCUUCCCCUCCCCUCCUCCUCACGCUGCAUGCCCCCCAUUACACAUACCGGUAGAGCGCAGGCCCAUUACCACAGCGAGCACAGGCAGAACUCAGCAGUCAUGUGAGUACAGUACAUGCUAUGCUACUGUACAUGGCAUUUCCCAGGUGUACAAGGUUGUAGUAUCUUAUGGAGAAUCCACUAGUUCCCCUUCUAGAAUGAUAGAAAAUUGGGUUUUUUUUGUCUCAUGUAAAAUUUUAAUUGUUUAUUGUAUAUUAUGUUGUUCAAAGUAAUAUAUUUUUAAUUAUUUUUUUUUAAGAAUUGUAAGUGUUUGUUUUUCUGUGAUUUCUAUUUGUUGUAAUACUUUGGUACAUCACUGCUGCAAUGCCAUUGCACUAAAAUUAAUUAGACAUGUUUAUGUUUUAAGUUUUAUGUGGUUAAAUCUCACUAAUUUGACGGCAAUUCUCUAUGUAAUUGAGCGGAGUGGUUCAUGACCUUUUCCCGAUUAAAAGGUAACUGCUGAAGUAA